AUGCCGAACCGUAGUCAAACCGCCUCGGGUCCGGACAUAGACGAGAAGCUGGCGAUGCUCCACCGAGAGAUGGCGUCACUUCGCGUCGAGUGCGACCGACUUCUCAACAAGCACCUCAUCGUUGAACACACCUUAUCUCAGGUUAGAAGAUCAAAAGUUCAAAGUACACGAAAACUAUUUCCCUUUAAGAUCUAGUUCAGUCAAGUUAUUCUCCCUAAACUCAAAAAUCAUAAUGGAAAAAAGCUCUAUUUUUCUUAAAACAGAGUUGCUCCCAAUGGCCGAACGCCGACACGUCGAGCGCCUACAAUACUGGCGGCGAAAGUUGUCGCAGCGUUUCUGUGACACCGGAUGGGGCCAUUUUGCCAGCGUACUCUAAUAGGUACGUUUUUUGAAUGAGGAAAUGAAAAUACUGUGAAAUUGUUGAGUGUCCACUCUAGAGUUUUGAAGUUUUAGUGGCCACUGUAGCAAUCGAUUUAGUGGCCACUUGAGUGGCUGAAAUUUAGUGGCCUUUUUAGAAAUCUAAGUGGUACUACUAGACCCCUAAAAGACUACUAGAGUGGUCACUAAGACGCAAACUAGUGGUUUCUUAAGAGGUGGUUCUAGUGAUUGCUGUGGCAAUCGAGUUAGUGGCCAUUUAAGGGACUAAAAAUUAGAAGCUUUUUUUAGAAGUCUAAACGGUACUACUAUGUCACAAAAAACUACUAGAGCGGCCACUAAGACGCAAAAUAGUGGUUUAGAGGUGGUUUUACUGGUCACUUUAGUGUCCUCUCGGAGUAUUUUUCCUUGGGGAACCUCUUAAGUGCCCCCAGUACAUUAUGAAAGGCUUUUUUCGACCUAAGAUUGCCUCAUUGAUGAAAAAAAAAUACACUUUUUCCAGCUCCACAGUCAUCUACGAAGGAAAACCGUGCCAGUCAUCUCAGCAGGUGAAACUUUCGCCAAGAGGACUUCAUCGGACCGCCGCAAUCCCUUCUCCGUCCGUUCAACGACGGGUCCCAACUAUAGUUCCGUCAUCUCCGCCGACAGUGAUUCUGCCUCACGACUCUCCUCUUUCUGGACAUCGACCCAUUCACAAAAGUUGGUUUUUUCGAGUCUUGAGAACAGUCAAAAGAAGUUGAAAAUUCCAAAGUUCAGUCUAGAGAAGUGAUACCUAGAGUUCAAAUAGUUCAAAAUGUACUAACAGAAGUUGAAUCUGCGUUCAUCUACUCAAUUUAUAGAUACCGACUUGAAACGAUUAUUUAAAGGAUAUGCUGUUCAAAUUACAUCAAUAGCAAGUCCAUCUUCCUAAGUAGUUCAUUGAAAUCCCCUUUUUUCCAGCCACAGCCUUAAACGAGUCCCCAAAGCUACCGACCUCAACCAGUCAAGCUAGCAUGGUGACGUCAUCGACCUCACCUAAGUCUACGAUUCGUUUCGCACCAAAAGCCAUUUUCAACGCGUUCCGUGGCGCGAGCAUGCGGAAACUGUCAAUUUCCAAAAAUAUUCCGACCUCUAAGCGAAAGGAAGUCGUCGAAGACGUUGUUCAGCCACAGACGAGCAACUACGACGCAGCCUCGGAAUACGCAAAGCGGUUUCGGUCAGUCAUUUCUGAAAACAAAAAUUAAUCCUGUAUUCAUGAAUGAAGUCAGUGGAAAAAAUUAGGAACUUUGUUACAAACUAAAAAAAUGCGAAAAAUACAGACUCUCGGCUGAAUAAUCCUUGAAGCAACCUUUUUAGAAUUCCCUCUUAUUCGAUUGUUAUGAAAGAAGAGAGGACACCAAAGCCGGAGAGCAGAAUUUCAAUGCCGCAGUUCGUUUUAUUUUAAUUUUUCAUAAGAUCAACAUUCCCUCUUAAGUUUCUUUCGUUCGACAAAACCACGCGAUAAACUUUACCACUUUGCGAAGCCGGAAGAAGAAAUCGAAGAGGUCGUGGAUGAGGAGAAAACUGGACUGGGGCCGGAUGGCGGGACAGUUCAUUACAAGUGGAAGGUUUGAUAGGAAAUUACAAAAUUUGAGUUAUAUUUUCGGAGAAAAAAAAACGUAAAUAUACACGGAGAGCCAAAAAGUGAGCGGUGGCGCGCACUAGAGCGGAGUAAACAUUUUUUUCAUUUUUUUCAUUUUGUUAUUUUUCUUCAAAUUAUCUUUCUUCAUAACUGUUAGCUUAAUAAGUUAAAUCCGACUUUGCUAAAAAAAUAAUAGUUAAAUUUAUCUUCGAAGUUUGACUGUAUAAAUAAAUUAUUAAAAAAGUGAAAGAAAUAAACGGAGAAACUGUCUUUUUUCGUUCGAAUAAUCAAUCUUUUUUUUACAGUUAAAGAAACGGUGCGAUGGUUCACGAUACGUUGUCCGACGACCGAUUCGGAAUCAAAUCCUCAAAAAACGAGAGGCUCAAUUGUCCAGAGAACGGGCCCCCAUCAGCACUGAUGACGACGCAAUGAGCGAACUUAAGGUAAAUUAUUGUUUCUUGAUAGAUUGAGGAAAUCCAAAUUAAGUUGGGAAAGUUCCACUCCCGGGAAGAACGACGAAAGCAGCUGGAGCGGGAGCGGAUGAAGAAAAUGCUCAAGUUGCAGCAGAAAAUGAACGACAAGAAGCCGUCGGAUCAGGUUUUUUACAAGUUUCUUUGGAUAGUUAUCACUCGGGCAAAGUCGGAAUGGUGGAUAAUGGCUGCUAAAAGGGAGAGGCUCAAAAAAGGCCGCAGAAAGGCAGCAAAAAGGCAGCGAGUGGCAGCAAAAAGGCAGCGAAAGGCAGCAAAGAGACUCCCUUAAACGAGCCUUCCAUUUUUCUGGGAUUUUAAAGGCUCGAGAAAUGGUGGAGAAAGGGAGAGGCAGCAAAAAUGGUGCAUAAGGGCUGAGAAAAUGGAGCAAAAAGGCAGCAAAAAGAGAGCCUUCAUCGCCCUAAAAGGAACAUUUCUAUGGUCCUUUAUGGACCCUCGGAGGGUCCUUCCGACUUUGCCUAUGCAGGUUAUAGAGGCCUUAGAAGUUUUGCCAGAAUUUUUGAGAAGCUACGAUAAUUUUUUUAAACUUAUACUUUACUAUUUUAAGGUUUUGAAGACUCGCAAACAAUUUCAGUUUAAUAUUUGGGAGGUUCUUUUACUUUCAAUUUUUGUUCCAAAAUUUUCAGACGAUUGUGCAGUUGUCGCAGCAGAAAAUGGCUCGUCAAAAGGACAAAAUGGUGUUGGACGAAUUUGUAACGACCCGCGAAGUUUUGUCGCAUCGAACUGAUGCCAACGGGAUUCGUGGGGUUGUCUCCGUCACCACCGUCUAA